CGGAAGCGCAGUGACAGAGGAUGUAGCCGUGUUAUUAGCACUUGGUCCCUACAGAUAACUAAGUUAACAACUAGUUUUAUUUCAGUAAUAACCACACAUAUCUUGUCACGCAUUUUCCUGUUAACACUGCCAUAAGGAUUGUGGAUCAUCUCCAGGCCAUCCUACGACUUUCAUCUCUGAAGAUGGAGGGAAAACAUGGUCAUUGUGACUCCUGUUUUAACCUGAGAUGUAUGGUUAAACCUCAACCAGGAAUCUCCUGUGAUCUCAUCAGCUGUCCUCUCCUGUGUGGAGCUGUAUUCCAUUCCUGCAAAGUUGAAGAGCACCACCUCCUGUGCCCGCUAAUGAGGGUCCCAUGCUUAAACAGCGGCUAUGGUUGCCCUGCCAACCUGGUGCGUAACCAAAUGUACGCGCACCUUGAAGUUUGCCCAGCUGGAGUAGUUUGUUGCACUAUGGAGUGGAACAGGUGGCCGGUUAGCUGUCUGGACUAUACUUCGUAUGAGUGCCUUAGCCAUGGGGUUGAGGAUGUAGAGCAGCUGGACAUGGCGCUUGCCCUUCAGGACCAGCGCACACUACUUGAGUCGCUUAAGGUGAUUGCCAUGGCGCCUACAGUGGCAAACACGGCCCCUGUUCCUGUGACCAAAGAGAAUGUGGUCACGGACUCAUCUGUUUCUGAGGCCCCCACAUUUAUUGAGUCGUCAUCCCCACAUCAUCAAGAGCCGACACCAGUAAGCUCCGCAAAGGAGAAAAUAGCCAGUGGAAUUAAUGGCUUAAAUGAGGAGCACUUCAGUAAACUCUAUCAAGCCACAGCUGAAACUGCAAGAAGCUUAGUUGCUGCUUUAGAGGUUGUUAGCAGUGCAAGCAGUCCAGAAUGUAUGAACAGAGGAACUGUUGUGGAGGAGAUUACAAUGAACAGCACUAACAACGGAGACCUUUACACGCCAGAGGCUGCAGAAGGUUUUGUUAAAAAAGACAAGGAAGAGCAGAGCGUUUGUUCAAGUUGUUUGAAUGUAAAUGGAGCUCAGAAAGAACCAGAUCUUCACAUUCUAAACAAUGCGAACGGACCACUGUCAGGAGAUACGGAGAGCACCUGUACUGUCCAGGUGCAAGACCAUAUGAAUGUUGGGGUUUCUCAGGAACCACAGACCUGUGAUAUGAAUGCUCCACUGCGUGUCAUCCGAGGUGGGGCACAAAGAGCUGGACAUGUGGUCUUGGAAGACAGGGGCUUGGUACUUUUAGAAAACCAUGACUUGAAGUUCCGUAGCCCUCCUUAUCAGGGGCAGUAUUCAUUACCUAAUGGUCGGAUAGGUUUCAUCCCAGGCCGGUCAGUGCGUGGACGGCAAUGUGAAAUGGAGGACAAGGCUGUGGACACCUCAGACCUAGAGCAGCAGGAGGAUCCUCUGGGCCUGGGGGAGGUGGAUCUGAUCACAGCAGCCCUGCUUUUCUGUUUAGAGGAGUCCAGAGAGUGUAGAAGGAUUUCCGAUACGGUCUAUGUUGAUGGUUACCAUGUUGACUUCGGCACACAGACGUUCACUUUCCCUGCCGCCAUCUUGGUGACCAACACUAGAGUAGGCGACAUGGCCUCUGCGUCGGCCUGUGAUCACGCCGCCCCCCAGCUCUCCUACCCCAGCCCUUUCCGUACUCUGCGCCUUGGCCUCGUUUUAGAAGCUCUAGAGGUCGAAGCGGUUCCACAUAACCGCUACCUCCCUCCUAAUCCCCGUUACCAGCACAUGUUCCCCUUUGUUUGUGGCCAGUCUUUCCGUAGGGAUCAGUUUAGCUCUCAUUUCACAAACGUCCACGGUGACAUUCAUGCCGGUCUGAAUGGCUGGAUGGAGCACCGCUGCCCUCUGGCGUAUUAUGGCUGCUCGUUUUCCCAACGGAGGUUUCACCCAUCCACCAAGGGGGCCAAGGUAGUUCAUGACCGGCAUCUCAGAUCCUUCGGGGUUCAGCCUCGCCCAAAGGCAAAACUUCCAGGUGACUCCCAGUCAGACCAGUUUAGUGGGCUUCCCAUUGAGAUACUGUGGCACAUAGCGGGUUUCCUAGACAGUUUUAGUCUGUGCCAACUCUCACUGGUGUCACGGACAAUGAGGGAGGUGUGUGCCAGUCUCCUUCAGACCAGGGGCAUUGUGGAGGUGCAGUGGAAGCGAAGGCUCUGCCCUGGUCCUAAUGGCACAGUGUCCUGGCAGAUGAAAAACAAAGUUUGGAAAUUCAGCACUGCCUUCAGCCCGGUGUUAUCCUGGGGGUUCACGGAUCACCCCAGCAUGUCGGACCAUCUAAAGAAGUGCACUUUCAAUGUAGUAGAGCACAAGACAGACCCUGUACCCCUGCCUGCCAUGUGUACAGCACGAGAUGGACAAUCACUGCGUCGUUUCCUGCGUCACGUAAACAUCUGACCAAACAAAGCUUGGGUAGCUGCACAAGAAACACUCUGGUAUCCGGUGGAAAUCGCAAUUCAAGAUACACGUUAUAACUCCUACUGUAUUACACUAGAUGAUGAUGAUGAUGAAGCCUUAAUGAAAUAAUCUACCACAGUAAAUGGUUUGUUGUUGUGGAUGCCCACUACACAGGGAUAAAAAUCAAUCGAUAUUUAGCUUUGCAUGGAUUUGUGCUAAAACACAGCGGUAUCAUGGUUUAGAAAGUAUAUUUUCGUGAAAAACAAAUAUGCACAAUAGAUUUCUAUUAUUGUAUGUUAUAUAUUGAGAAUGUUUCACCACCUUGCCUUGCAGUUAUAGCCAUACGGGAAGGAAGCAGGUUGUCGGUUAUAUUGCAUUUUUUCUGUGCAACAGGAUUUAUACUCGCACUUUACCCACUUUACGCACUAGUCCUUGAGAAGCCUGUAGAGGGCGCCAGCCUAAUGCAAACUGGACUGUAAUAGUCUGUCAGAUGUCAGAACAGUUGGAUAUUCAGAACGGUAGCUCAGUAACGCAUGUAUUUUGCUAACAUUUAAUAAAAUCUUUACAGUGUUUUAUAUGUUUGUUUUUAAAGCUCUUGCUAAUCACUUAUUAAAUAACACGUUUGUUUGUUUGUUUGUAUGUAUGUGUGUAUGGGCGCUUCUGAAAGAAAUGCACUGCUGACAGCAAAUGUCACUUCUCCAAAUUAUGCACCCAUCAUCUGUUAUUGUUAAUAAAGCUGUAAACUGACAA